AUGGCGGGCGAGCCGCGGGCCGCGCCCGCCUGCAGCGACGAGCUGCUGCAGCUCAUACAGAGCGUGCGGCGACACGAGACGGAGAGCGGCUUCCCCUCGCCCGGCCUCAUGCCGCCCUUCGACGGCGACCUGGACGCCGACGACCUGGACAUCCGAGACGACAGCCUGCAGGCCAUGCGCACCAAGCUGUCGCAGAUCCACGCGGGGGCGCAGUCCCAGGCGCAGGGCUUCGGCCGGCUGUUCGGGGCGGGCCCCCAAGAGCAGACCCCGGCGCCGCGCGGCGAGACCUUCCUGUGCGACCUGUGCGGCCAGGGGUUCCGCCUGAAGACCUCGCUGCGCGCGCACAUCGCCGAGCACCUGGGGCCGGCGCGCCGCCGCUGCGGCUCGUGUGGCGAGACCCUGCAGACCGCCGCGGCCCUGGUGCACCACGUGCUGGCCCGCCACCUGCCGGGGCCCGACCCGGGCGGCCAGGGCCUGCAGUGCUCCGCCUGCGAGGCCUCCUUCCCGGGCCCCGCGGCGCUCCUCCGCCACCUGCCGGCGCACGACGGCCGCGCCUUCCCCUGCCCCGCGUGCGGCCGCCGCUUCCACCAGCGCCUGGCGCUGCGCCUGCACCUGCGCCUGCACGCCGGCGCCGACAUCGCCGAGUGCGCAGUGUGCGCCAGGCCCUUCACUGACCGGCGCGCGCUGCGGCGCCACCUGGCGGGGCACGCGCGCGGCGGCAACCACCUGCCGUGCCGCGACUGCGACCUGUGGCUGCCCUCCCGGGCCCUGCUGCGCGCGCACCGCCGCUCCGCGCACCCGGGGCUCGCCCCUCAGCCCUGCGCCUGCCCGCUGUGCGGCGAGGCGUGCGCGCGCUCCCAGCUGGCGCGCCACUGCCGCGCGCACCUGGCCGCCCCGGGACACGCGUGCCCCUGCUGCCCGCGGCUCUUCGCCACGCGCCGCCAGCUCGCCGUGCACGCGCGCACGCACUCGGGCGAGCGGCCCUACAGCUGCCGCGUGUGCAGCCGCACCUUCGCGCACUCGGGCUCGCUCGCCACGCACCUGCGCCUGCACACGGGCCGCGCCAGCCACGCCUGCCGCUACUGCGACAAGACCUUCUCGCUGCGCUCCAACAUGCGGCGCCACUGCCGCUCGCACCUGGACGCCGCCGCCGUGCCGUGCGGCGCCUGCCCGCGGCUAUUCGACUCGCGCGAGGAGUGCAACCAGCACGCGCGGUUAGCGCACCGGCCCGCCGCCGCGCCGCGGGACCGCACCUGCUACCUGUGUGACAAGGUGUUCACGCAGCCGUGCAACCUGGCGCGGCACCUCAAGCUGCACAUCCUGUACUGCGACCUGUGCGGCUGCAGCUUCGAGGCGCGCGCGCAGCUGCUGCGGCACCUGCGCCAGCACCAGACCUGUCCCCCGCGGGCCCGGGCCGACCGCGUGGUGGUGCGCUGA